GGAGGAGGGUGAGGCCGGCGGUCAGUCGGUCCGACAGCAGAGAGAAAUCUGUAGAGAACAAGUGGAGAGAAAGAAGAAAGAAAAGGAGGAAACUGUGGAGACGAAGAGACAGACAGAAGCAGAAAACCGCAGGACAAAACAGGAGAGGAUCCAAAAGGAUAAAAGAGAAAGAGGAGGAAGAAGAGUGGAUAAAACAGGACGAGUUAAAAAGUGACGUCAUCAUCUGAGGGGGCGGAGCUUCAGGAAAUGGCAGGUUGGUUGUUCUGCUGCUGGACUCCUCUUUGGAUCGUCCUUUUCCUGCUCAGUAACGUCUCUGCUGACCCGUCCUCAUCGUCAAAAUACACCCUUCACCAAACCAGAGCCAAUUUUGAGGACGCCAUGCAGCGCUGUUCGCCCGGCGUCCUCACCACCAUCGCCACACAGCAGGAAGUCGACGACAUCCUCAAGCUCAUCAUCGACUCGGUGCCGCUUCAGGAGAAUUUCACCUUCUGGGUCGGGCUGAAGAAGGCCAAGAACCAGUGUGUGGUUCUGUCGCAGCCGCUCAAAGGAUUCAGAUGGACGGAGAACAGCAGCGAAGAGUCGCAGGUGAGCCGCUGGGCCCAGCAGCCGGCUGAGACCUGCACCGGGGUCUUAUGUGCAGCGCUGAUGGGGAAGUUUGACGGGUCGACGGUGAGUUGGGGUCUGAUCCCGGUCACGUGUAAGAGCUCGUACCACUUCAUCUGCAAGCUGAAGAACAGACCGACAGGUGGGUCUCCUCAGGGUGAACAGGCCACUGUAAAUCCACAACCAGAACCCGACCCUGAACCAGCAACACCUGAACGUAAACCAGCUACAACAGCACCACCCAAACCAACUACACCCAAACCCAGACCUGCAACAGCAGAACCUGAGCCGGCUACACUAAAACCUGAACUCACUACGGAGGGACCAGAACCUGAAUUGGGUCCUGAUUCUGUUCCAGAUGUGAUGUCAGAUGUAUGUCAGCAUCCCAGCAUCCCUGAGACCCGCUUCCUUACUCUGGACUCUGACAACAGCAGCUUGGUCCAGGUGGAGUGCUGGUCUACCGUCAGGCUGAACCUGCUCUGUUCGGGUCGACCUGCCAUGUGGCGAACGCUGGACGGGUUACCGGUCAACUUCAGCACCGCCUGCCUGAAGUGUUCAAAUGGCUUCCAGAAAGAUGCCUUCGGAAGCUGUGUGGACGUGGACGAGUGCGCCAACCCAGACGGCUCCCCCUGCAGGCGUUCCUGCGUGAACACCGAGGGCUCCUACAGGUGCGUCUGCUCUGACGCCGACGGGGAACAGCACGACGAAGAUUCUCCGCCUUGCCAGGACCAGGUGACGGUCGAGGACAGCGGCGCAUUGUCGGGCAUCCUGAUCCCGGUUCUGAUCGCUGUGGCGGCGCUGGUGGUUCUGGUGGUGGUCGUCGCGGUGACGGUAAAAUGCUGCUUGAUGAGAAGGUCUAAGAAACGCGCCAUAAAGGCGGCAGAGAAGAUGGCGAUGAAAAGCAAACAGGAAAAGGACUCCUUCCAAACGGCCAACGAGAAGACAGCAACAUGAGGCAGCAGCGCCGUGAUUGGCCGUGUUCAAUGACAUCAUCAGUGUGCGUUUACUGUUGUAUGAGAAUAUAAAAGUGCAUUAGAGAUUUUAAACUUAAACCUCAUCAAACGUCUGACUCGUUAAAGCAGAUUUUCCAAAAACUAUUGAAAAUGUUUGUUUUCUGUAUUUUUUCCUAAAGUAAAUUAAUUCUGCAGUUCAAAUACAACAACCAGACUCACCUGGUUUUUACCUGUUUACUUAAAGGCACCCACUUGGUAAAAUAAUCCCUGAACAUUGUCUGACAGGCAGACUGCUCCUUCAGUAUUUGUGUUGAUAUUCUGGAGCUUCUUUGGUUCACUGUAAUUGAAUACUAAUUGGAUUCAUUAAGAAUCUACCACUAUAUAAAUAAUAAUUAGUUGUAAUUAACCCAAUCAGCUGACUGGUUCCUGACUGGAAAUAACAGAUUAAACAUUAAAUGCAUUUAAAUUCAUUUUUUAAACUAAAAGUUAUAUAUUUUAAAUAUUUUAAAUAUUGUUCGUUAUUUAAAGACAAAUUACUCAUUAGGACAUAUGAUAAAAAAGUGGCAUUCAUAUUUUUUAAAAUCUUAAUUUUUAUAUAAAUGUACUUAAUAUGUUUUCAGUGGCACAUUAAUAAUCUUCUUGAACUUGAAUGUUUUUUUCAGCUGUUUCUGUUUUCGUAUUUUCCCAGUUGAAAAAAAAAACUGCUGGAAACUAAUUAAAAUGUUCCAUUAGUCCAGUUUUAUCAGCCGAUGGAUCUGAUGUGUUUCUGUUUGAGUUUUAAAUUAAACUUUUUUAAAUAUAA